AUUUUCUUGUAGCAUAAUGAUGAGAAAGCAGCGCUUUAGUUGCCGCGGGCGGCAUUAAAGGACGACUCACGUAACAUGUGCCGUCAUCACGUCUAGCUGCUCUGCUCAGCGAGAGGCAAGCCGCGCUGCCUGGGGGUGGAAUACUAUGGAAAAGGAGCGCAAAGAUGGCAGGACGAACCCGGCGGGGUCGGCGAAUAUCCUCUCCAAGAUCUUUUUCUGGUGGCUCAAUCCUCUCUUCCGCACCGGAUACAAGCGCAGGUUGGAAGAGGAGGACAUGUACCCGGUGCUGGAGGAAGACAGCUCAGAGAUGCUUGGCCAGGACCUGCAGAGAUGCUGGGAUCAGGAGGUUCUGGAGGCCACCAAAGAAUUACGGAAGCCAAAACUCGCUCGCGGCAUCAUUAAGUGUUACUGGAAGUCAUACAUAGUGCUGGGAUUCUUCACUUUUGUCGAGGAGGCGAUAAAAGUGAUCCAGCCGGUCAUUCUGGGGGUUUUGAUACGCUUUUUCGAGAACUAUAACCCAAACGAUGAAAAGGCCCUGUACCGGAUCCUCGGCUUCGCAGCCGGGCUUUCUAUGUGCACCAUUGCCCUGGCGCUGCUGCACCACCUGUACUUCUUCCACGUCCAGCGAGCUGGCAUGCAGAUCCGAGUGGCCAUGUGUCACAUGAUCUACAAAAAGGCUCUGUGCCUCAGCAGUGCCGCCAUGGGAAACACCACCACUGGCCAGAUCGUCAAUCUCCUAUCAAAUGACGUCAACAGGUUUGAUGAUGUGACAAUCUUCAUCCACUUCCUGUGGGUGGGGCCAUUGCAGGCAGCGGCGGUCGUGGGCCUGCUGUGGCAGGAGAUCGGGCCGUCGUGCCUGGCGGGCAUGGUGGUCCUCAUGUUCCUGAUGCCCGUGCAGACCUUGUUCGGGAGGUUCUUUUCCAAGUUCAGGAGUAAAAUGGCCGCCCUGACAGACUGCAGGGUCCGCACGAUGAACGAGGUGGUUUCUGGGAUGAGGAUCAUCAAGAUGUACGCCUGGGAAGAACCCUUUGCUGCUCUGGUGUCGGAUGUCAGAAGGAAGGAGAGCAACCAGGUCAUGUGGAGCUCGUACUUGCGUGGCCUCAACAUGGCCUCCUUCUUCUGUGCCAGCAAGAUCAUAGUCUUCAUCACCUUAACCCUCUACGUCCUGCUGGGGAACACCAUCACGGCCAGCCGCGUCUUUGUGACCGUGUCGCUGUACACGGCCGUGCGUCUCACCGUCACGCUCUUCUUUCCCAACGCCAUCGAGAAGCUGUUUGAGACCCGCGUGAGCAUCCAAAGGAUACAGGAGUUCUUGCUGCUGGACGAGAUGACAAAGACUAGUACUACUUUGCCGCUGGCCGAGAAGGCCGACUCCGGCAUUGAGGUCCAGGAGAUGAUCUGUUACUGGGAGAAGAGUCUGGAUGCUCCAUGUCUGCAAAACAUCUCCUUCACGCUGAGUGGGAAUCAGCUGUUGGCUGUCAUUGGACCAGUGGGCGCAGGAAAGUCCUCGCUACUCAGCUCCAUCCUGGGAGAGCUUCCGCCCGAAAAGGGGGCGAUGAAGGUGAAAGGUCAGCUGACCUAUGCCGCCCAGCAGCCCUGGGUGUUUCCCGGGACCAUCCGCAGCAACAUCCUGUUUGGGAAGGAGAUGGACCCGCUCAUGUACGAGCGGGUCAUCCGAGCGUGUGCUCUAAAGCGGGACUUGGAGUUGCUCCCGGACGGCGACCUGACGCUCAUUGGGGACCGAGGCUCCACACUCAGCGGGGGGCAGAAGGCUCGCGUCAACCUGGCCAGGGCCGUGUAUCGGGACGCUGAUAUUUACCUCCUGGAUGAUCCUCUUAGUGCUGUGGACGCUGAAGUUGGGAGACACCUCUUUGAACAGUGCAUCUGUGGACUGCUGAAGAGCAAACCUCGCGUGCUGGUCACACACCAACUGCAGUACCUGAAGGCAGCAAACCAGAUUGUGGUCCUGAAAGAGGGUCACAUGGUGGCCAAGGGGACGUACGCGGAGCUCCAGCAAUCCGGCGUGGACUUCACCUCACUGCUGAAGGAGGAAGAGGAAGCCCCGCUCCCCCCCACAGACCUGACCACCCGCAAUCGGACUUUGUCCCAGAACUCGGUGCGCUCUCAGGCCUCCUCUGUGAACUCGGUCCAGGAUGGAGACCAUUUGACGGCUGAACCGGUGCUGACCUUUGUGGAAGAGAGUCGGAGGGAAGGAGCCAUUGGAGUGAAACUGUACAUGAAGUACUUUCUAUCUGGUGGCAGCAUUUUCAUUCUGCUUCUGGUGGUGCUACUGAAUAUUCUGGCUCAGGUGGCGUUCAUCAUGCAGGACUGGUGGCUGGCUUACUGGUCCAAGGUGCAGAGGAAGCUAGAACUCAACAGCACCCUUGGUCAUAACGUCAGUGAAGUGACCAAAGAACUGGACCUUGGAUUCUACCUGGGCAUUUACGGAGGAUUCACCGGCGGCAUCAUCGUCUUUGGCUUCUUGAGGUCUCUGAUGAUGUUCAACGUGCUGGUGAGGGCCGCACAGGCGCUGCACGACAGCAUGUUCACCGCCAUCCUCCGCACUCAGGUGCGCUUCUUUGACAUCAACCCCAUCGGUAGAGUUUUGAACCGGUUUUCCAAAGACAUCGGCCAGCUGGAUAGCAACAUGCCUUGGGUCUUGGUGGACUUCAUUCAGGUUUUUUUACAAAUCAUAGCGGUGGUUGCCGUGGCGGCAGGCGUCAUGCCCUGGAUCCUCAUCCCCGUGUUGCCCCUCCUCCUCGGCUUCCUGUUUGUCCGGCGCUACUUCCUGCAGACCUCCAGGGACAUCAAGCGACUGGAAGGCACUACUCGAAGUCCAGUUUUCUCGCACCUGUCCUCCUCCCUCCAAGGCCUGUGGACCAUCCGAGCCUUCAGGGCGGAGACCCGCUUCCAACGGGCCUUUGACGAGCAUCAAGACCUGCACACAGCGGCCUGGUUCCUGUUCCUGACCACGUCUCGCUGGUUCGCCGUACGACUGGACGGACUGUGCUCCAUCUUUGUGACCGUCACCACCUUUGGAUGCCUGCUGCUCCGAGACCAGCUGGACGCCGGCUCUGUGGGUCUGGCUCUGAGCUACGCCAUCACUCUGAUGGGCAUGUUCCAGUGGGGGGUCCGACAGAGCACUGAAGUGGAGAACCUGAUGACGUCGGUGGAGAGGGUGGUGGACUACACCACGCUGGACAGCGAAGCCCCCUGGCAGACGCAGAAGCGCCCCCCCAGCGGGUGGCCCGGCAAAGGACUGGUGACCUUCGAUCACGUCAGCUUCUCGUACGCCAGCGACACCCCGCCGGUCCUGCACGACUUGACGGUGACGUUCCUGCCCAAAGAGAAGGUGGGCAUCGUGGGUCGGACGGGCGCCGGGAAAAGCUCCUUGGUGUCGGCUCUGUUCCGCCUGGCCGAGCCCCAGGGACAGAUCUACAUUGAUGGCCUGGCCACUUCUGAACUGGGCCUCCAUGACCUGCGUCAGAAGAUGUCCAUCAUUCCGCAGGACCCAGUUCUCUUUACAGGGACCAUGAGGAAGAACCUGGACCCCUUCGACCAGCAUACAGAUGAGGAACUGUGGAGCUCUCUCGAAGAGGUCCAGCUGAAGGGCGUGUUGGAGGAGCUUCCUGGGAAACUGGAAACGGUUCUGGCCGAGUCGGGCUCCAACUUCAGCGUGGGCCAAAGACAGCUGGUGUGUCUGGCCAGAGCCAUCCUGAGGAAGAACCGCAUCCUCAUCAUCGACGAGGCCACUGCCAACGUGGACCACAGGACUGACGAGCUGAUCCAGAGCACCAUCCGAGAGAAGUUCAAGGACUGCACCGUGCUCACCAUCGCCCACCGCCUCAACACCAUCAUUGACAGCGACCGCAUACUGGUUUUAGACGCUGGGAGGAUCGACGCCUACGACGAACCACACACGCUCCUCCAGGACCCCACCUCCAUCUUCUACAAGAUGGUGCAGCAGACCGGCAAGCAGGAGGCGGUGGCCCUGCUGAACACCGCGAGCAAGGCUUACCACAGCAGAAGUCGAGCAGGCGUGGCUAACGGACAAGUGCAAGGGCCAGACGGGACUUUGGUCAUCUCUGAGACGGCUCUAUGAGCUGCACUGCUGCUGUGUACAAACAUGCAGGAUUCAUUUUGCAUACUUGACCACUUUUACUUUGCACACAAUAAAAUGCUGCCUUGUUUUCAAUCCACUCUCA